GGCUCUUUUCGGUUUCUAUAUAGUUCUAUGGGGGUAUAUGGGGUCCUAUGGGGUCCUAUGGGGGUCGGUUCGGCUCGCUUCGGAAACGAUCGGCUAUUUUCGGAAAUCUUCGGAAAACUUCGGCUACUUUCGGUUUUUUUCGGGUUCUAUAGAGUUCUAUGGGGGUCUAUGGGGUCCUAUGGGGUCCUAUGGGGGCCGGUUCGGAAACGAUCGGAAACGUUCGGAAAACUUCGGAAACGUUCGGCUCUUUUCGGCUCUUUUCGGCUCUUUUCGGGUCCGAUUGGUUCUAUGGGGUCCUAUGGAGGCCCAUGGGGUCCUAUGGGGGCGGGUUCGGCUCGGUUCGGAAACGUUCGGCUAUUUCCGGAGUUCUUCGGAGAUGAUCGGAAAACUUCGGGUCUUUUCGGCUCUUUUCGGCCCUACAGGGAAGAAGUUCCGGAGUAAACCUCAACUCGCUCGUUAUCUCGGUAACGCCGUCGAUUUGAGUUGUUUCGAUUUCCGCACGGGGAAAAUGAUGCCGUCCAAAUUACAGAAGAAUAAACAGAGGUUAAGGGGAGACGCCAUGCAAGCCAAUAAGGGUAAACCCGACCUCAAUACGGCUCUUCCCAUCCGUCAGACCGCCUCCAUCUUCAAACAACCCGUCACCAAAGUCACCAACCACCCCGAUAACAAGGUCAGGGCCGACCCGCAACGACUGGCCGAGCAACCCCGACAGCUGUUCUGGGAGAAGAGGCUUCGAGGGCUGAGCGCGUCCGACGUGGGGCAGGAGAUAUUGAAAGCAAUGGAGCUGCCCAAAGGGCUGCAAGCUUUAGGCCCGGUUCCGGAUGACGUGACGUUACUAUCAGCCGUAGCCAGCGCCCUCCAUGUCGGUUCGGUUCCCGUUACCGGGCAGAUUUCAAGCGCGGCCGAGAAGAAUCCAUCCGUCUGGCUUAAUUCAUCUCAACCCCUUUGUAAGGCUUUCCUGGUCACCGACGAUGACAUCAGGAAACAAGAGGAACGAGUGCGGCGGGUGCGGAAGAAACUGGAGGAAGCUCUAUUGGCCAACGAGCCCAUAGAGCCCCAUAGAGCCCCAUAGAGCCCCAUAGGACCCC